AUGGCGACAGACAGCGGAAACGAGUUAGCAGAAUACCUAGGAGCCCACCUCACGCGACUGAAUGAAAUCGAUGAUUCAGUGGCAACAUCUUCUGCUGAAUGCAACUAUGAAAACUUUGAAGAGUUCACAAGUUCUGUGGAGUUGGAGUUUUUCGAAGGAGAUUUUAAGGAUAUCCUCAGAGAGUUGAAGAAGCGUGCGGAAAACGUUAUAAUAUCUGAAGACAAAUGUGACGUUCGUGGUAUACUCGAGGAGAGUACUAUUGCGACAUCGAAAUUGAAUUUGUUCAUCUGGUAUUUUUUGGAAAACGGAAGAAAAUCAGACAGUUCAGAAGAAAAAGUGACUGAUGGGGUGUUUGCUGCAUCUUGUUACCUUGCAAUGUGUGCAUUACCGGGUGCAAACGCUGAGCUUUUUCAGAUUGGAUUAUACAAUCAAUGCCUCAAAAUCAUUCGAAACUGCUGCCACACCAUCAGGAUAGGUGAAACCGUUGCAAUGAAGAAGACAGCAGCUAAAAAGAAUAAGAAAAACAACGGAACAAUUGUGAACGAAACUGCUCCAGAAGAUGAAGGAGAAGCAGAUGCUCCCGUGAUGGGACCGCCUCGAAUUGCUGUCGAUUCUGCCGAACGCUUCUUACAUCAUCUGACUACACAGCUAUUUGGAUUUUUACUUGGCAACGCAUUUAGUAUUGACGCACAGACACUCAUGGGCACUCUUGAAGUCAUCGAAGAAUUCGGUCGACUCGAUUUAGACAGCCGAACGGUCACAAGAUCAUACCGAGCUAAUUCAAUUCGCGAAUUUCGAUCUCUCGAGAGAUUCACUGAUAGAUAUUCGGCGUUCUUACAUGUCUUGAUCGAGAGCAAGUAUCAAACAAGAAGAGAAAUGGCUUAUGGAAGAUUGAUUCGUCCUCGUUUAGCGUUAAUCCCUUAUCCUGACGAUGGCACUAAAGCCUCCAAAAUUUCCACCGAAAGAAAAAGAGCUGGUGAUCUCACUGUCAACCUGAUCCUCGCGAGAAUCACACGGAAACCAGAUGCGAAGGAGUUGAAACUCAUCGAAACAGUAAUCAUCAUGGUAUACACCCAAUGCCCAGACCUCGCCGAGUUCCGUACGAACAUUGCACAAUUCAUUCACAAAAUAUUGGAAGCACUACCCUAUCAGUAUGCCUACGACUUUGUUCAAUUGAUGAAUGCAAUGUUCAAAGGACGUUCGGCUGGAUUAAAAUCCCUUUCGAACGAGCUCGCCAACGUUCUUCUUUCAAGUUUCGACUUCACGGCCGCCGAUCCUGGACCCGUUGUGGAUUUGGAGAAGACUGUAUCUGAGGAAAAUGAAGAGGAACCAGAAGAAGAGGAAGAGCCGGAGGAAGAAAAUGGAGAAACUGAAGAUGAGGAAGAUGAGGAGGAAGACAACAGUGAUGACGAAGGAAACAAAACAAGGAAAAACAAAGAAAAGAAACAGAAGGACAAGAAGAAAAAAGAGAAGAUGGUUGCAGAAGUGAAGAAUGUGGAUCGAAUGGAUGCGUUGUCUGUUUUGUAUAAUAUUGUCUACAUUGCAUGUCUGGACAAAUCUGCAGCAAUGCGGCUACAUGGAUCUCACAGUUUGGCGAAAAUUCUAGAGUCUAACACUCAUCGAAAUGCGUUUCAAACGUUUUGUCAGACAAUCAAUUCAAAAAUGGAUGAAAAGUUGGGCGAUGUCGAAGAUAACCUCAACGAAUCUCUGGGUUUCGAUGCGUCAGAUGCUCCGGCUAGUAGUAAAUCCAAAAAAGCCACAGAUUUACUUCUCGACGAACAGCAAAUUAUACAAAAAUUCAACAAACUGAAAAUGAUGAACAAAGGAGAGGCUCGAAUCGAGAAGGACAUCAUCUACAUGCUAGUCCGCAAACUAUCCACCGAUGAUAAGGCGCCAGUGAAAAAGAGUUCUUGUGCUCUUCUGAAGACGUUCCUUUCGUUUUGCGACGAGGAAAUAAAGUUUGAGACAACGCUGGCAAUUCUUCAAAAACUGUGUCGGGAUAAGACGGUGUCCGUACGGAAAGUCAGUGCAGAAGCUUUCACGGAACUAAUGCUUCAGGAUAACAUUAUUUUCAAAGAAAGUCUCAGUUCGAAAUGGCUUCAUUCUUUGAUCUCAAUGCUCAAUGAUACGGAUAGUGACGUCACUGAGCAUGCCAGAAAACUGAUUAUGAGAGUGUUGACUCCACUUUUGGAAAAUCCAUCCGAGUUGACGUGGACACUGCUAGACACUAUUGAAGGCAUCCGAAACCAUCGGAACUAUAUCAUGACCGCUUUGAAAGGAGCGGUGCGUGAGAAACUUGUCAAGAAGUCGGUUAUGGAUACAAUGAAGAGCCACAUUAAUUCUAGAAGUGGAAAGGUGAAUGGAGCUUGGAUGGUGUUCUCGCAGUUGUGUGUUCAGUUCGAACAGAACGUUGACUUUGCAAUCAACGAAUUCAAUAAGUACAUUGUUCAUGUAAUUGUGAACAACGUUAAGUCAAUCAAAGCUGAUACCAAGAGCGAUCUAGUGUAUUCUUUGAAAAGUACGCUGAGGGAUUACUGUCUUCAUUCAUCACACGCCAGAAGUUUAUACCAUUGUCUUGGGAAACUGAUGGAUGGAAUUGGUGAUAGAUCAGCACAUCCCCAGGAAUUCCAAGAUUUCGGUGACGAACUUCUCGUCAAAUGUUUCGACACCAUCGUCCAAUCGUUUGACAUGUUCAGAAAUAAAGAUGAUUGGAACCGAAACGCCGAACUACAAGAACGUCUUCUCUGUACAUCUCUCAACGUUGCCACCGAAGUAUUCUCAUUCUCGCCACAAUUGAUUCCACGUCAUGAACGGGUUGCAAAGACCCUGUCUAUGAUUGUCAACUCCAACGACCCUCGCUCUAGUGAUGCUACAUCAGUUAACCCAGAAAUGCCAUCUGCUCAUCAAACCCGCCCAUCUACUCAGCUUUCGCAGUAUCCACAGUCGCAAGAAAGUCAUGAAGCGAGGAUAAGGGCUCACGGCGGCCUGCUGUUCAGUGAUAAAGUUCGCGCUGUUGGAGUUGUCACAUUAACGAACAUGAUUGUGGCGGUAGACAUUAAUUUUUUGUUUCCAAAACGAAAACUUUCAUUUCAGCAUGAUUGUCUACUGAAACUAAUGCCUUCACUUGUAAAGCAGCUUCAACACAAUCCAUCUCAUCAAAUUCGUUCCAACGUUGUGAUUGCAAUGGGAGAUGUGUGUAACUCAUUCAAAACUGAUCGAUACGCUCCGAUGUUGGCUGCAUCACUCUGUGAUCCGUCUGUGCUAGUUCGUCGUCAUGCCAUCAACCAAAUCGCGCGUCUCAUUAGCAAUGGAAUCUUCCGAUUCAACGGAGAAAUCAUGAUCCGUACAAUGAUGGCAACACUGGAUGCUAACGAAGAUGUUCGAAACGAUGCGAAGCUUUAUAUUAGUGAAGUUCUCCAGUCAGAAGAUCCGAAUUUCUUCAAAAGCAACUUUGUUCAAUACAUGCUUGCUCUUACUCAAGCAAGACGACUCAUCGGUACUAGGUACGAUGAGGAAGAUCGUGGACAAAUCGACGUUGCAAUCGGUGGUGGUACCGCGUUAGCCAGACCUUCGAGAAUUGCAAUCUAUACGUUCAUGAUUGAAUCACUCGACGAUCGUUCGAAAUUCGAAGUCAAGAAGAGCAUGUGUGAGCGUGUUUUCGUGCCGAUCAUCAAUGGAGAAUACGAUUUCGGAUGUGACAAUACACAGAGUCUUCUGGAUGAUGCCCUACUUAUCAUGGCUUCAAAUGAGAUGCAAAUCAAAAUGGAAGUAGGAAAAGAUCCAAAUGAAAACGCGUUAGAUGAGCCACCACCAGAAGCUGUUGAAGCUGCGGCUGGAUUCAUGCAACAGGUCUACUUGGAGAACUAUAUGAGACUCAUCGUUCCAUCGAUGCUUGCUCUCCGAGAAUUCCUCAAUCAACAUCGUUCUCCACUCCAGCGCAAAUGUCUGAUGGCGAUUCGAAUGAUCUGUAUUGAACAUAAAAACGACAUUGACAAGAUUCUUCAAGAGAACCGACAAUUGAAAGAAGAAAUGGCUUUCGAAAUUCAGCGUGUCAAACAGAGAACAGAAGAAGCGAAUCGAAUUCUGGAUAACUAUCUACAGAGAGUUGUCGAGUUCAAUAGGCGACAGAAGCGUCUUACAAAGACGCCUCCUCCUCCAGAAAUGAUAGAAACGGAAGUUCCAGAAGAUGGAAACGUUGAAAUGACAUCGGCAGAAAAGGGAGCUGGUGUUGGUGAAGUCGAAAUUGAAAAAGAAGCUGAUGAAAGCAUGAGAACUCCAGAGAAAAAGAAGAACCCAUUGUUGGAUAAUCUGAAAACUCCAGCAACUGCUCUCAGGAGUAGAACAGAAGAGCAGAGUACUCCAAACUCGAGACUUCUCUCACCAACGACGAUAAAGAAAAUUCGUCGAUCUGUUGGUGCUCUGAUCCAUACGGAGGCAUGUUUGAAUCCCCCAAAUCUCGAAGAUACGCAGGUCGUGGAAGAAGGACUCAGUACUUCGCGUCGGGAAAAGAACAACACGAAUCCGAAAGAAAAAACGAUUGUGGAAGAUGAGGAACCAAUAGAAGUAGAAAAAAUCGUAGAGGAUGAGCCACAAUCAGAUUCGAGAAGAAGUGUGGUCGCGGCUGCAGAACAACGGGCAGAAGAGUCCCAGAAAGAUCUGGAAGAGGUUCAAGAGCAGCAAAUCGAAGAUGAAGAUGCUGUGGCGAGGAGAAGAUCUCGUCGUAGAAAAACUCCAACAUAUGACGACGAUGAAUCAAUUGACCGCGACGGAAAAGUCUGGAAGAAACCAAAGAUUGUAGCUAAAUCUCCUGAAAAUGAAGCAACGAAUAUAUCAUCAGCCAACGUGACAUUACGUAGGAGCCGUCGAGUGAGUCGCACAACGGAAGCAGCAGUGGUUGAGAAGCCGAAACAACGAAAACGGAAGUCAACUAAUGACGAUGAGGAGGAGCAGAUAGAUCAACAUGAUUCUGCAGCUCCGUCGACUUCGGAGAAUGUUGAGAACACUCCAAGAGGAACGACACCUCUGCUAUUUGAUGAAUCAAAGCUUGUCGGUCGCCAAUGUUCAACACCGAUUCGAGGAAGAGAUUCCGAUACGGGCGAUAUGACAUUCUCUCUAAAUUUAUCCGCUAUCACCGAAAAAGAAGAAGUGAAAAAUAGAAGAAGUCAUGCCGCCGUCCUCCAUCAAAUCUUCGAAGAAGAUGACGAAGAUGAAGAAAACUAA